GAGAACAAGCACUGUUUGACACUAGUCAUGAAUCCGGAUGAUCAUCACGAAGAAAAAAUUCGCACCUUGGAACAAAAGAAUAUUGACAGGAAGCUGGGAGAACUGGACAGUGCAAGCCGAGCCUCAAUUUAUGACAACGGCCUGAAGUUGCUGCAGCACCAGUCCAAGAAGGAGGAUGAAAGCUGCCUGCCUCACCUUCUCCUCGGAGAUGUUGCUCCUACUAUUGAGAUGACCAAGCUCAACCACAUCAAUAUUGGUGGGGUAAACGUGCAGACCACAGAGCAGGCCACCAAUGGAGUAACCUAUUUUCGGGCUGUCCUCAAUGCGUCCCACUUGCCUCCUGAAUUGAAGCGCAUGGUUCCACUCCUGUGUGAAGUUGUGACAAAAAUGGGCACACAGGACAAAGACUACCGCCAGUUCUUGCAGGAAGCUGAACUGAAGACAGGCGGCCUCCAUACUUCUGUGCAUAUCUCACCUCACCCAUCUGAGCAUGGUCGUUUUGAGCAGGGUGUGCUGCUGUCAUCACACUGUCUGGAAAAGAACACAGGAGCAAUGUUCUCCCUCUGGAAAGAGCUCAUUCUUCGGUUGAAACUGGAAGAUGAUGAGCGCUUGAUGCAGCUUGUCCAGAUGUGUGCAGCUGGUUUGGCUCAAACACUGGCAGACUCUGGCCACCAUUAUGCCAUGGCGCAAGCUGAGAGCUACUUGAAUGCCUGUGCCCAACUCCAGGAAGAGUUUACAGGCAUUUCUCAUAUAACACAAAUGAAAACUUUAGCUGAAGCACGGAGCCUUAAGUAUUUGUUGCCUCAGUUGAGAGCUCUAGCAGAUGCUCUGCUCAAGAAGGAUUCUAUCAGGUGCUCACUGAAUGCCAGCUCAACCGGUCUCUCAGCUGCUGAGAACAGUCUUGAUGGUCUUCUUUCAUCCAUUCCUGGUGCAUGCACUACCAACUGUCCAGACUAUAUUGCGGAUGAUGACUUCUAUGCCAAAGAACGCAAGAUCCACUUGGUGUUCCCAUUCGGUGUCAACUUCUGUGCAAAGAGCUUCAAUGCAGUGCCUUAUGGUCACCCUGAUUACUCUAGUCUUCAAAUUGCAUCUCAGUUAUUGUCAUUCAAGUACCUGCUGCGGGAAGUGAGGGAAAAAGGUGGCGCUUAUGGAGUGGGUGCUGUUGUUCAACCUGGUGGAUGCCUCAGCUUUUACUCAUACAGGGACCCAAACAUGGAGAAAACAUUGGAUGUAUUUUGUGACUCAGUAGCAUGGCUCACAAAAGGAGAGUUUACAGAAGAAGAUCUUGCAGAAUCUAAGCUGUCCUGCUUUGCAAAGAUUGACAAGCCAAUCACUCCAGGUGACCGUGGGGCCGCAGCAUUCCUGCAUGGUGUGACAGAUGAGAUGAGGCAAGAGCACCGGCAGAGGAUAUUUGCCUGCAGCAAAGAUGACAUCAUCUCGGCAGUCAAGAGGUGUGCUGGUGAAGGUAGCUGCACGUCAAGUGUCGCUGUCAUCGGCCCUGAAAAUAAGUUCACAGAGACUGGGAAACACUGGCUUGUCCACAGAGAGUAGGUGCUGUCUGCAAGUGCAUCUGCCACAGCGAACGAAGGAGUAGUUUAGCCGAUGAUGGUGUGCAAUGCCUAUGCCUUGUGAUUGCACCUGGUGUGGAGCAGGGAAUCGGAAAACCUGAGACAUAGCGGGGACUGUUCAACUAUCGGUAAAGAAAAGUAUCUUAUGUUUAAGUACAUGCAUAUGCAUUUUUGGAUGUGUUUAUGUUGUUGAGUGUAAUUACACUCUCCUAUCAAUUUUCGGGCCAGCGCGAUUAUUUUUACAGAUCUACAGUGAAAGAAAUUUCAGAUAUCAUACGGUUUCCCACUGAAAAUUUUUAGCCUGAUUCUUCAUGCGAUGUCGAUAAAAUAGUGGCUAUGGACAAUUUUCACCCCAUUCCAGUGCCUUCCAUUGCUCUCGCUUUCAUUGGCGAGGCAGUUUCUCGACUUUCCGAAAGUCAUACAGUCUGCGAAUUGAUCUGCAUCAUCUCAGCACUGAGCCCGAACUUUUAUCAUCGACAACCAACGAAAUAGCAUUGGUUAGGCUGAGCAGCUAAGGCACUGUAGCCAUGAUGAAAAUUUGCCAUUGUCCUGUGUAGUUGCAGGCAGAAAAGCGUCACAGAAAAUUAGCUCCUAUGCUUGUAGGGAUAUUCGUACAAGUGGGUCUUCACUGAUCGAUCCCGAAAUUACUUGCAGGGCUGUAGCAGCAGUGUUCAUGGCUGCGAUUGUUCAUUUAAAGUUUAUUUGUGCACUUAUUGGACAGAAAGAGGUAAGCUCGCACAAAAGCAGAAAGCUCUAAACUGAAUUUGCACAGAACUGCUUAAACUGCCAGUGUUGUGCUACCAAGGUAGCACUAGGUAUACUAUACACCGCAAUUAAUGUGAAUCAUGCUUGCAGCCUCAAAUAUAACGAAAUUUAAACUAAAUGGAUGCACAACAUUGAACAAAAGUGUAUAAAUAAAUUUUGCAUAUUGUUGGCCUUCAUUCCUCACUUGAAAUUAUUGCCCCCCUGAUCUGGUUGCUUAUUUAGACAUUUUUUUGCAUCCCACUCAGCAACUGUGUUACGGUUAGUUUUUGGGCUUUCACUGUAAUGAUGUUUCAGCUUAGCAAAAAAAUGUUCUGUGGUCCCCUGAAAUUUGUUAUAUUGAGAUUUUGCUGUGUAAUAAACCUUAUUUAUGGAUAGUAUCAGCAUGCACUUAACUAAAAACUACAACUACAGAUUUGUACUUCUUAAGGGAAAAGAGAAAAAAGAAGCCUUCAAGUACAUGCGGUCAAAAGCUAGCAUGCAGAAGUAGGCAGCAAGAAAUAUUUUUUGCACCCCUGCACACUAUAAUGGCUAGGUGGUAGGCAGUCACAAUGGAAAUUUUAUUCAUCCUGCUCCAAUGCUUUUGGUACAUUGAACUGGCAUUUCUAUUACUGGGGCAUGUGUGUGUGGGCAACAUGCUUUUGUGUGGGAAUCCCCACCAUAUUCUAAAAACAGCGACAAUCAGCUGAGUAGUAGGCAUACAAUAAGUUGCUAAGCCAACACAUCAUAUUAGACAGUGGCUGAAUUGAAAAUUAAUUGCAACAUUUGAUUGGUUGUAACUAACUCUUAAACAAGUUCAUAUUAGUAAGUUUCUGUUGUACUGGUAUCAUUUUAGUCAGACAAUGCACUGCAGUGAAAUUUUGUUUCACAGCCAUUGUUAAGCUUAAAUAUGCAGACAAGUUGACAAUCUCUUAAAGGGAACUGGAACACUUCUUGAACAUAGUAAGGAAGUGUUUGGGAUCAGUAAAAAUUGCUGCCAUGAACAUGCGAGUCAAAUAUUAUUCUGUUGCGUGCAGCACAGAGCCCGCAAUCUCACAUAAAUAAUUGCUCUCUCUCCUGCGGCUUUUGAGACCCCAUUAUUAUGUCCCACCUAUGCAUAGGGCAGAUGACCGGUAGACCAUUAGAGUUGCAGAAUGUGUUCCAAGGGGAGGAAGGCACAGUUGUGGACGGCAGAAAAUUAGGUGAGAUGAUGAAAUUAGGAAAUUUGCAAGUGGAAGUUGGAAUCAGCUGGGGCAAAGCAGGGGUAAUUGAAGUUGCUGGGAGAGGCCUUUGUCCUGCUGUGCACAUUAAAAAAAAGAAAAAAGUGGCUGAUGAUAACAUCUAGACCCGCUCUGCAGCCCAUAGAUGUCAGCCAUUGGCGGAUUGCUUGUGAUCAUGAGUUACUGCUGAGUGAAAGCUUGUACACGCAUGCGCACCUCGUCAUCUUCUAGCAAACUGCGAAGCAGUGGUUGUUAAUGGGUCUCGCCUCUCUUGUCACUGCUCCUUUGUUGCACUCUGGUGCCUCUGUCAUGCCAACCUUUAAAGGGCUGCCAUAAAUGCAUAGUGGAAAGAAUAAUAUUGGCAGCAGCUGAGAGGAAAUGUGUUGAGUUGUGCUGUCUAUAUCUCCAUUAUUACUAGGUCCUUUAAAAAUAUUAUACGGGAAUAUGUAUUCAUUGAUACGCAUUGGCCUCACUCUAGUGUGUUGUAAGUUUUGAUCACAAGGUGUUGCAGGGCUCCUUUAUUUGUAGGAUGCCACAGCAAUUAGCUUUAUGUACACCGGAUUGCAAAAAAAAAAGAAAAAGAAAGCAAAGGCCAGCUAGCCAUAACCAGCAAUAAACAGCUGACAUUUAUUGCAUCAGGGGGUACAAUUGUGAGCCAAAGUUUGGAGACCAUAGAUGCCGUGAAAUUUUUAUUUUCUUUGCAUGUGGGCUGAAAUUAAGUGGUACAGCCCACAUGUGCCUGUUUACUCAGCACAGUUCAUUCAAACAGUUCCAUGUUGCACAGUUGUGCUAGGAGGAAUAAAAUUUUUGCUGAUGCCGUGGUCUCCAAACUUUUUCUUGUGAAGGUUCAAUUUCAGGGUGCCCAGCUUUGCAGAAGUGUUUCAUUUUCGUUGUGUUUUUGUCAUGCUCACUGGCAUCAAAUCAAACCUUCGUAUUUCUGCUGAUGGGAGAAUUGACUGCAGCGAACAAAAAAAAAAAUGUUUUGUUAAUUUGCUGUUAUGAAUGUAGCUGUCAUCAAAUAACUAGAUUGGCAACUUGAUAAAAGUGCCAGUAUCUCUGUUACUUAGUUGCAGAGACACAUUACUGUGAUGUUCUCAUAUUUCUCAUAUGUUAAUUAGUGCCAGAUUAGUCUGGCUUGUAAGUUUCAUUGUUUGUGCAAGAACACUAAUAUUGUCCAGAACCAAGUGCGGUAGCACCACUACCUCUCGGUGAAAUACUGGGAUAAUGUGUUUGCACACACAAAUGUUUAUUUCUAGGGCAACCUCAGUGUUCCUAAGCAGCACUUUCAGCUUUGUAAUCCUCUUUUUGCAGUACAGUAAGAUCAAACAAACAUUGACAGGAAAGGUUUUGGUGUGUGUGCAGAAGUUGUCAAUUAAGCACCUUUGUGUCCAAUUUGAAAUCAAGGUGCAUAUUUGCAGCCUCAGUUCAUUGUCACUUGCGGAAAGAUUAUCCCAUUCAACUUUAAGGUUGGUCAUGGCAGCCAUUGUUCGAGUUAUGCCUUUGUCAGACCAUAGCUUAUCAAUUUAACUGAAUGGAAUAAUGUCAGGCUGUAGAUCAUUGCUUUGCUAUGUGACCAGGAAACGUGUGGCUCACUUGAUUACCUCACACUUUUUAGCAGGAGUAUACAAGCUGGUUCGGAGAACUCAGUGUGCAGUUCAGGGGCAGUAGAUGUGUAGUGCAAAGAAACUGCUUGGUUGUACAGGGCCGUCCUCUCUUUAGGAGCACAGUCAAACUUUGUUAUAGUGUGACACAAAAAUACCUUCAUUACAUUCAGUAUUUGUUGUGAACAAGUUUUACACGCUGAUAUUGGUCAGAAACAUUCUAUAUUUACUUUGUUAUAUCUGUGUUUACUAUAUCGAGGUUUAACUGUAUAUAGUAGAGUCUAACUUCGGCAUACCACCUCUUUGAAGGAAAGAGAAAGUACCCUUGUUGAUGCCUACAGCAGAUAACUAUUGCUGAAAGAUUAUGUGUGCCUCCAUUUUAAAUUGAAGCUUCUAUGAGUGCCUGCACCUCUAAAGAGUGGAUGACUUUGUACAUUUGAAUGACAGGAAAUGUAAUUACUUGAAUGAUGGCUGCCAUUAAGUGAUAUUGCUAAUAUAAAUAUUGAGAGAUUCAGUUGCAGCAUGUGUUGUUUUGUUCCCCUGUGUGAAGGGAGUGACGAGAGUGGCCGUGUGGACUGAACUGCGUGUGUCGAGUGCUGUUGAGUACUGACAGGACAUAACUGUAGUAGAUGAUUUCAGUCUUAGGGUGAAAUUUGUAUGUAAAAGCAUUCAUACUCCAGCCAGAACAGCACAUAACUGCACACCUGACUGUGUUCAAAAAUGGUUUUAUAUAUAAGUACUAGUCAUUUGAAGAAAUAGUUCACAUACUUUUGUUUGUGUAUAAAUAUGAAUAAAAAUAGUUUUAUAAACUUGA